AUGAAUAAAGAAAAUUUUCGUUUCUACAUUAAAGUGUGUACUGCACUUCACAUUGAACUAAAAGCUAUUCGCGACGAAUUAUAUUCUGUUUUCGGCGACGAAGCUCCAUCUCACAGUACAGUUGUAAGGUGGUCAAAACGGUUUCGUGAAGGUGAACCACGACCUGGUCAACCUGUAACCGAGAAAACAACCGAAAAUAUCGAAGAAGUUCGUGGUCUUAUCGACGAUGAUGACCAUCUUACAAUUGAUGAAAUACAUCAGGAAACUGGUCUGAGUCACGGUACCAUCGUGCGAAUUAUUUCUGACCAUCCGAAGGUAAAAAAAAUUACCGGUCGCUGGAUACCACACGAGUUGACUGAUGCUCACAAGGAAACAUAUUCAACUUACGUCGCUUUUUCAGCCAAACGCACUGGGUUAUAGAUAAUCGACCACGCUAAUUCCGAAUAUGAACAUGAAAGCUUCCACUAAGCCUUCAAAAAUCCGUUUUCUAGGAAACUAGGUUUUUAGAAACUCUGAAAAAGAACCUAAAACUCUUCUUAGCGAGGCAUAAUGGCAGCGCACACAUUUCUGAUUAAAAUGAGACCUCUCCCAGCUUUAAGUGAUCUUUCUUUGCAAAGUUAUAGAAUUAACAAGAAAACCCCUAAAUUUAUUUCUUAUAUUUCUUAUCUUAUUCUAUUUCUUUUAUUUUAAUUCUAAUUCUUAUUUAUUUAUAGCUGAGCUAGCAGGGAACAUUUAGAGCUUUCUCUUGUAAACUCUAUAAGUUUGCAAAGAAAGGCCAUGUAGAGUUGGGAGAGGUCUCAUUUUAAUCAGAAAUAUGAGCGCUACAAUUUUGUUUCAUUAAGGGUUUUGGUUCCUUUCAGAGUCGAACUUCUUCUAUAUUUUCGGAUGUUGUCUCGGUUACAGGUCGCCCAGGUCGUGGUUCACCUUCACGAAACCGUUUUGACCACCUUACAACUGUACUGUGAGAUGGAGCUUCGUCGCCGAAAACAGAAUAUAAUUCGUCGCGAAUAGCUUUUAGUUCAAUGUG